AUGGCAAGUGGUCACGAGGUCAAUAUACCAAAAUUUGAAUUGUAUACAAAAGAUACAGCAAAAUUGUUUAUUUCUCUGUAUCCUUGGUACUAUAUUCCUAGUAGUGUACAUAAAAUACUGAUACAUGGAGCUGAUGUCAUAAAUGCAGCGCUUCUUCCUAUAGGCCAGCUAUCCGAGGAAGCAGCGGAAGCAAAUAAUAAAGAAUACAAGAAGUUUAGAGAACACCAUACUCAAAAAAAUUCACGUAUUAGUACAAAUGAAGAUCUUAUCCAUAUGCUUUUGGUAGCUUCUGAUCCAUACUUGUCCUCAAUAAGACCACUACCAAAAAAACAAAUUAGUGAGCUAUCAGAUGACGUCAAAUCGCUGAUUUUAUGUGACACAGAAACAGAGAAAGAAGAAUACGAAGCAGCUACAUCUGAUGGAGAAACUGUCAGUUCUAGUGAUUCUGAUUUAUACAAUAAUAUGUAA